UGCCUAGUUGUCCUCCCCGCGUCUCCUCACUCGUUUCUGACUCCGUCGUCGCCUUCUUUAGGAGAAAGGAAAAAAAUCUCAGCAACCUUAAAAAACCAGGAACAAAACAAAACCCACUAUUCAAUUUCCGAAUGCAUGAAUCCAAAACCCUAAUUCCAACAGCAAUAAGUUUUUCGGAACAACCGUUUCUGAUUCCUCAUAUUUCCUAAAUUUUCUCAACCAUCAAUUUUCCAGUCUCAAUGUUUCCAAAACUCUAAUUCCAUUCAAAACAAUAAAUUUCUGUCAAAUUCAUCGGUCAAAAUUAUUGAAUGGAUCACAAAGAAUCUCAUGAACGGGUAAAUUCCUAUCACCUCAUACCUAAUUCCGUCUGGCUUGAAAUCAGACUCUUUUAUGUACGAAUUUCGCCCUGCGUGGUCUCCAGCGUGCCCGACCACCUAACCCUUUGCCACGUUCGAAGCGAGAUCGGCGUGUCUCUCGAAAUCAACGGUUCACGUGUCCCUGCGUCUGACGUGGCUUCGAUAACCCUACGCCGCGAUCGGCUCAACAAGGAAUCAUCAGAAGUGACGUACGUGAGCACGGAUAGCGUGCGCGUGACGGGAAGCAUCGAAUUCGAGGUGUUUCAAGAGAAGGACAUGGUUUUGUGUGGGUCCUUGGAGAGGAUGGAAUCAACGUGGAAUAAUGAGAGUGACGCGAGGGCGGGAUGGAGCAUGGAUUGUUACUCGGCGAUAGGUUCGUGUUCUUCAGCGUUUUUUCAGCCGAAACUUGGGGUUUCGGCGCCGGCUAUUGAGGUAUAUAUUGCUGGUUGUUGUGGGGGUGUACCGGUAAUUUUGACAAAGACGAUACAGGUGAGUCCGAGAAGGAAAGGCUCAAGGCAUGGAUUGCUGGAUGCAAUUCCCGAGGAUGAGGAGAUUGAGAAACAUUUAAACGUUGCUAAUGGGUUCGUUCGCCAGCGAAAAUUGCAGAUUACAGAAGCAGAAGUUGAUGAUUAUGAGUCAGAUGAGAAAAUCCAUGGGAGUUUGUACUCGGAAGACAUGUACUAUGGGGAAGAUGGCCAACUUUCAUGGUUUAAUGCUGGUGUUAGAGUUGGAGUUGGAAUUGGGCUAGGCAUGUGCGUUGGGAUUGGAAUUGGUGUUGGUCUUCUAAUGCGUUCAUAUCAAGCAACCACAGGAAAGUUUAGGAGGAGAAGAAACAUAGCGGGGGAGACACCGGAGACGAUGAAAAAUAGAUCCUCUGCACCAAUGCCUCACCGUAACAACCCCACACCCCUUCCUUUUGUGGUUACUCUUAACUGCAUCGAUGACUGCGUCUUAGAACAAGACUCCCUAGCCGGCGUUGCUUCCGUCGAGCACGUCCCGCUCAGUCGCUUAUCCGAUGGCAAGAUCGAAGCAGCCGCCGCUGUCCUCCUUCAUUCCCUCGCCUACCUACCACGCGCCGCGCAACGCCGGCUCCGUCCCUACCAGCUUAUACUGUGUCUUGGCUCUUCUGACCGCGCCGUCGACUCCGCACUCGCCGCCGACCUCGGUCUCCGGCUGGUCCACGUUGACACCUCGCGAGCCGAGGAGAUCGCUGAUACUGUGAUGGCUCUUGUCCUCGGCUUGCUGCGACGCACGCAUUUGCUUUCUCGCCAUGCGCUCUCGGCUUCGGGAUGGCUAGGCUCGGUGCAGCCGCUAUGUCGAGGAAUGAGGCGGUGUAGAGGUCUAGUCUUGGGGAUCGUAGGUAGAUCUUCAUCGGCUCGGGCUUUGGCGUCGAGGAGUUUGGCUUUCAAGAUGAGUGUGCUUUAUUUUGAUGUUCACAAGAGUAAAGGAAAAUUUGCAUUUCCUUCAGCUGCCCGAAGGAUGGACACUCUUAACGAUUUACUAGCUGCAAGUGAUGUUAUCUCUCUUCAUUGUGCUGUAACAAAUGAAACAAUUCAGAUUAUCAAUGCGGAAUGUUUGCAGCAUUUAAAGCCUGGGGCAUUUCUUGUGAAUACGGGCAGCAGUCAGUUGUUGGAUGAUUGUGCUGUGAAGCAGCUUUUAAUUGAUGGCACCUUAGCUGGCUGUGCCUUGGAUGGUGCUGAAGGGCCACAAUGGAUGGAAGCAUGGGUUAGGGAGAUGCCAAAUGUAUUGAUCCUACCUCGCAGUGCGGAUUACAGUGAAGAAGUAUGGAUGGAGAUAAGGGAUAAGGCCAUUUCUAUAUUGCAAACGUUCUUCUUUGAUGGGGUUAUUCCGAACAAUGUCAUUUCGGAUGAGGAUGAGGACAAAAGCGAAAUGGGUGAUGAAGUUGAACAAUUUGAUAAUCAAGACAAUGUGAGUGCACUUCAGGGUUCUGUUUCUGAGCAACUGACAGAUGAUAUCCAAGUUACUCCAGAAAGCUCUCAGAAAAAGGGGAUCAGUCUAUCAAAAGAUUCGCCUAGCCAGCCGCAAGGUUCAGGUUUGUCUCAAAAUACUACCUCUAAAUCUGAUGGACGGCGUAGCAGGUCAGGUAAGAAGGCCAAAAAGAGGCUUGCCCGUCAAAAAUCUUUGCGAAAAUCGGAUGAUCCCUCUGCAUUAGAAAAAGAAAGUACUUCACAUAGAGAAGAUGAUACUGCUAUGAGUGGCACAGAUCAAGCCAGUUCUCGGUGUGCUUCCCCUGAAGACUCAAGAAGUAGGAAAACACCUAUAGAAUUAAUACAAGAGUCAACAUCUGAACAGCAUCUAAAAUCUAGCAAAAAGCUCAGUGGAAAGUCUGUGGAAAUGCUGAAAGAUGGUUACGUCAUAGCUCUAUAUGCAAGAGAUCGCCCUGCACUCCACGUCUCCAGGCAGAGACUUAAAGGCGGUGGCUGGUUCCUAGACACCAUGUCAAAUGUAACAACGAGAGAUCCUGCAGCUCAGUUCCUUGUUGUUUCUAGAAGCAAGGACAUAAUUGGUUUGCGUUCUUUUGCUGCUGGUGGAAAGUUAUUGCAGAUUAAUAGAAGAAUGGAGUUUGUAUUUGCUAGUCAUAGCUUUGAUGUUUGGGAGAGUUGGACAAUGGAAGGUUCUCUGGAUGAAUGUAGACUUGUCAACUGUAGAAAUCCCCUGGCUGUUCUGUAUUUACGCAUUGUGAUUCUGGCGGCUGUGGGUGAAGAUGAUGGGGUUACUCGUUGGCUUGAUUAGAUUGUGAACUUAGAGACUUGACAAAAAUCUUAAGUUUUCCUCGCCAAUAUCUUUACUCUUUAAGAGAUUUGUAUUACUCAAAGUUGUUUGUAAAGCAUUGCUUUCUUUCUUCUCUUAUAUUCUUCCUUUCUCCUUUUCUUCUUUUGCAUUCUUUUCAGCUUUGUAUGAUUUCCUGUCUCGCUUUGUUCGGCCAGAUGACACUAGAGUUAAAUGUACAAGAGAUUGUGUUUUUUGUAUCUUUCAGAACGGAUUCUUCCGGAUAUCAAAGAAGUGCCAUUGCGGAUCAGUAUAUUAUCAGUAUUAAGUGAUAAAGCUUAUUGUUGCUGUCAUAAACUUGUGCCUUGUGUACCAAUAUCGCUGCGAAUUUUAUCUAUCUGGACCGUUAUGAUAUUUAUUACCACAAAGGUAAAGUGUAAACAGCUACUUCCUGCGUCAUGUUUGGUAGGGACGUUUAAAGCUAGCGGCAGUUUCGUGUUUAGCUGAACGACACUAAGUCAUGUCGUACAUGUUCCGGAGAAACUAUGCGCCGAGACCUAUCUUGGAAUGGGUUAUAUAUGGAGAAACGUUUUCUUGUACAAUUUAAUUAGAGAAAGUGAAAAAAUGACAAUCGUCUUGAUUCUUUCGAUUGCUUAUUGAUGUAAUUA